AUGUCGAAGGCGCCACGCCCACGCCAGCGCCAAGUGGGCGGCGGGCAGAGUGCGAAAUGCGCCAAGAUAAAUGCUGAGACGAAUGUUGUGGGGGACAGGGAUGCGGAGGGGGAGGGGGAUGGGGAUGUGAGCAGCGCCUUGGAUUAUACAAACAGCAGUUCAAUUAUCGAAUUCCUGGCCAAGGAGCAGGACUGCAACAUGGAGCACACCGAUCCCGACACCAUUUUCCAGGAGGUGAGUCGCCUCUCCGAUCACACCGAUCUCCGAUCCGUUGAUGAGCUGCUGCUGGAAGCGGAACGCCUGAUCCGGCAACAGAUGCGUCUGGGCGAUGGCGACACGGAACCGAUUAGGGCCAGUGCCACACAGACGCCAUCGGCGCCAUCGUCGCCGCAAUCGUUGUCGUUGUCGUCGCCCCAGAGCAGCAUUCGUUUGAAUACGCGCUUCACUCGCUCCAUUGAGCAUGUUCAGGUCGGCGCUAAAACGAAUCCCGGCCAGAUUACGCUGAGUAACCAUCUGAAACAGGCAGCAGCAGCAGCAGCUGGAGCAGGAACAGUCACACAGACACAUCCACAGACACAUCCACAUCCUCAACCCCAUCCGUCUCCUCAACCAGUUGCCGAGCAGCUGAGCAACUUUGUUGCCUUCGUUGAUAGUCUGCCCUCGGAAUCGGUCAUUUCCGAGGAGUCAACGCCCAAGGAUCUGCACACGAAUCACACAAGCAUACACAACGGUAACGAUAACGAUAACGAUAACGCGACCUUGGCACAGCUGCAGCUGGAACAAUUGGACAACACGGAUGACGAUGAGGAUACGAUGGAGGAGCUAACCGAAGCGGAGGACAACCAGGCACUGCCGGCAGUCCGGCAGGCUCGCAACGGCCAAUAUGCGCAGCGGCCAAUCGCACCGAUGGCCAGCUACAGUGAGAAGGGGGUGGGCCACUCGCCGAAGCAUCUGGUCAGCACACUGAGCUCACCCAUCGAGCAGAUCGCGUGCAGCGUGUCGCGGGAGCAUGUGCUCAAGCUGGAGAUCGAACAGCUGCAGGAGCAGCUCAAGGACACCGAGGAGCGACUGGCAUCGGUCCGGCUGCAGAGUGAAUCCCUGUCGCAGACGCAACGGGCACUCCGCGAUCACAAUGGUCGGCUGCAGGAGGAGUCCGAGAUGCUCAAACUGGAUGUGCAGCAUCUGCACGAGUGUGCCGGUGUGUUGCGCAGUGAACUGCAAUCGGCACGCCGAGAUCGCGACGAGGCCAUUCAGCUGCAGCGUUCCCUCCGCUCCGAACUGGAGGAGGCUCAACAGGAGCGACGGCACGCGGCCGAUACCAAGGAGAAGGAUGCGCGCAUCAUACAGGAUCUGCAGCGACAGUGCCGCGAAAUGGAGCGCAUUCUCAUGCGCAAGCAUCCCGACUCCGUAUCCGCUUUGAUUGUUGCAUCGAAGAAUCCGGGCAUUUGCUCGCUGAACGAUCAGGAGAAUGUGACCAGUCGCAAGCUGCUGGAGCAGCGGAUCGCUCAACUGGAAUCGGAUGCCAAGGAGCAGGAUCGCAAGGCUCAACAGAUACUGGCCAAUGUUCAGGCGCGCUUCAAUUCCGUUCAGGCCAAAUACGAGACGCAUAUUGCCGAUCUCGAGACACAGGUGCUCAGUUUGCAGGAGAUCAAUACGAAGCUGAAUGAGCAAAUUGAAUCCCAGGUGCGCACUUUGGAUCGCUAUAUGCAGAAGCGAGCGGAUCGUUAUUACAAUAAUUGCACCCAAACGGAGGCACUGCCUCAACCGGAUGUGGCCAUCCACUGCGGCCGUAGUCAGUCCAUCACAUCAACGGGCACCCAGACGCAUCCGAUGGGCGCCACUGGUGUUGGCGGUGGUGGCUCGAUGCGUGACCACAGCACUAACACCAUUGGCUGCCCCUCACCCAGCGUCAUCUGUCAGCAGCAUUUGCAGCAACAGUUGCAACAGCAACAGCAACAACAACUGCACUCAGCCGGCAGCAGCAGCACCAGCAGCACAGCCAACUCAACGCCAAACACAUCGCGUCCAAAUUCCAAACAGAGCGGCAACCAGCGACGCCAUCCGCUGCCCAUCGGCUCCAAGUUGCCCAUCUCGCAAUCCGAUUCAACAUUAUCGCUGCACAGCCACGGACAUGGACCACUCUCGGCUGGCAACCACAAGGAGGACACUCAGCUGCUCAGCUCGGUGCGCAGCAUGCGUGUCGAUUUGGCCAUCAAGAACAAGGCGAUGCAGCGACUCACACGCGAGCUGGAUGAUUGCAAGAGGACCAUUAGGAAGCUGCAGCGGGAACGGGAGACGACUGGAGCAGCAGCAGCAGGAGGAGCAGGAGCAGGAGCUGCAGCAGCAGCUGUUGGAGUUGGAGUUGGAGCAGCUGCAGCGGCGACUCUUAGUUCAGGAGCCAGUGGCCGAUUGGAAUCAAAACUGCAGGCUGGUGGCAUUUCUGCCGGUUGUAGCUCCGCAACGCGACGUCUUCACGACCACCAUAAUCAUUAUCAUGAUCAUGUGCCAGCGACAACAGAGACCCAAGCGUUGAAGGAGGCACAAAACAAAUACCACCUGCUGGAGGCCGACUAUAAAACGCUGCACGACAAGCGACUGCAGGAUCUAAAGACUCUGCAGGGUGCCCAUGAUCGCGAGCUGGCGUCCUGCAAUGAUACUGUGCGCAUCCUGCAACAGCGUCUCAAUGAGCGCGAGGAGGCAUUUGCCACACAGAAGCGACGCAAAAUCCCCGUCGACUACUAUGCCCUCAAAGCCAAGGUUUCGCUUCUGGAGCGUCGUCAUUCGGAGCGGGAGGAGCGACUGCAUAUGCUUGUGGAGGCUCUCAGCAAGGGUCGCCUAAAUGGUGCCCUCGAGGAUAUGUUGCAGGAAAAUAACAACAAGUAGACAGAUCUAGGUGAUCUAGGAGAUUUAGGUGGAGUUGCAGUUCAAUUAAUGGCUGAGUUAUCGUUAUCGUUAUCGUUAUCACUAUCAUUAUCGUUCGGGCAUCAAGCAAAAGCUCUUCACAAAUUACAGUUGUGUCUCAAAACAAUGGAAUAUUUUUUAUACAUUUAUUACGAUUAAUCGAACAAAAUCGAUAACACUUACAACACAACAUGCAAAACUCCAGCCAAAUUGUAUUUGUGCAUGUUUGCAUGUUUUUCCUUUAAAUAUUGAUCUCGCCCUCAAUCUCAGCCAGAGUUCAAGAGUUCGAGCCAUAUUUAGAUAUGGCCUAGCAUAUAAGCAACUUAAAUAAAACCAAAAAUUGUUGGCAUCCUCUAAAUUAGGGGUAUUGCUGUCUAUAUAUUAAUAUGUAUGCUGAUAUUUGGCAUACUUUCUUAACAAAAAAAAAAGAAAAAGAAUUAUAGUUAGUUAUACUUGUGAGAUUUGAGUCAACAUUCUGUCAACUGUCAACUGUCAACUUUUUAUUGAAGUUUUUACUCGACUACGUUAAUG